AUGUUCUUCCAGGCCCGGUUCUCGCUAACCGCGCUAUUCUUACUACUUUCGUCUGCAUUGGCUCUUUCCUCGGCUUCCUGGUCCGACAGGCAGGUUUUGGUGAUGUACGACGCUUCGUUGACGCUGCCUGAAGAUGUCAGUGUGGGCCAGCUUUUGGAGCUGCAAGAGCACUUUAAGGUGAGUUUUGUGGAUUAUGCCGAUGACGCUGCCCAGUUGUUUUUGGGCGAGGACGCCAUUUACCACCAUUUGGUGUUGUUGCCUUCUUCCAAGAGAAGCGCUGCUGCUACUGGAAUCGUGGAUAAGUUCAAGUUGCUUGAGUUUUUCAAUAAGGGCGGCAAUGUUUUGGCUGUGCUGUCGGCUGAAAACGGGUUGCCUGAAAACGUCCGUUUGUUCUUGAACGAGGCUGACAUUUACCCUGCUCCUAAGGGUUUCGUGGUGGGCGACCACUUCAACAAGCUUUCUGUGGGCUCAGACAAUGUCUUGGAACCAAGAAUCAUUGACGAGGUCAAGGUUGACGAAUACAAGGGCACUGCCGCUUUGGUCGGCAACAAUGCCUUUGCUCUUCCUCUUGUGAAGGCCCCUAAGACCUCUUACACUGCUAGCACUAAGGAUGCUGCGUUGAUCGCCGAGAAAACUUGGACUUUGGGUGAGCAGGGCUUUUUGGCUGCCUCUUUCCAGGGUUUGAACAGUGCCCGUAUUGCCUGGGUUGGCUCUGAACAAUUGCUCAACGAGGAAUUGGUUAGAUGGACUUUCCAGGAGAAGGGCGUGUUGAAGUUGCAGUUCGUCGAGCACUACAAGGCCGACGAGCCUGGCCAGUCUAACCGUACCCAGUACAGAAUCAAGAACGACGUUGUCUACACUGCUGGUAUUUCUGAAUGGAAGCGCGGUAAGUGGAUUCCUUAUACUCCUGCUUCCGAAGAAGAUGUCGUGCAAUUGUCUUUCAAGAUGUUGGACCCAUACCAGCGCUUGAACAUGACUGCCUUGGGUCCUGGCUCUUCUACUGAAAAUGGCCAGAAUGACUUGACCGUUUUCUUCGUCAACUUCACUACUCCAGACCACCAUGGUAUGUUCACUUUCGAGUUGGACUACAAGCGUCCAGGCUUGACCUUCAUUGAGGACAGCCGUGUCGUUACUGUCAGACACUUGGCCAACGACGAGUACCAGCGUUCCUGGGACAUUCCUAACUCGUGGAUGUACAUGGUCAGUUUCGCUACUGUGGUUGUGGCCUGGUUCUUGUUCGUGAUGAACUUCUUGUACAUUGGCGAAAAGAGACCCGAGACUUCGCUGAAGGCCAAGGUUGAGCCAGCGACCAAGAAGGAAGAGACCACCGAAAAGAAGUAA